CCAUGAUGGCAGCUCAGAGAAUUGAGAUCGUGCAUGUGAGACGUGUGACCUUCCUUCUCCUCGUCGCCUCCCUCCCCUUUUACAGCUCACAAAGGCAGCGUCGACAAGAAGUAGUAAAAUAUUCGAUCUCGUGCUCGGAAAGAUGGCGUAGGUGACCCGGCGCGCGAAAGCGGAGGCCAUGGCGAUAGCGCUAGCGCAAACAAGCCGCGCGAAUCUGGGCCUCCGCCUCAAUCAUGGCGCUGUAGUGGCCUCACCUUCUUGGAAGCUUUACCACAACCCUCACUACUUCUCACCUCGCGGCGACUCCUCCGGCCCCUCUCGCAGAUCCCCUUCUCGCCCAGAGCACCGCAGACCUAUGAUCGUGGCGAAUUUCGACGAAGACGACGGCGGCGGCGGCAUGGAGCGGCAGCUGGGGUACGGCGACGGGGGCGCGACGUCGGUGCCGGAGCUCCUGGCGCGGGUCGAGGAGCUCGCGGCGGAGCUCGAGUUCGAGAGGCGCAUGCGACGCAAGGUUGAGGCGCUCAACGAGGCGCUCGCCGCCGAGCUCGCCGAGGAGCGGCGCCGGGUCGAGGCGGAGCGCGCGAGGAUGCGGGAGGAGCUCGACGAGGAGCGGCGGAUGCUGCGCGUCGCGGAGCUGUGGCGGGAGGAGAGGGUGCGGAUGAAGCUCGCCGACGCCCGGGCCGCCGUCGAGGAGAAGCUGCGGGAGGUCGCCGACGCCGGGCAGCGUGCUGCCGAUGCCACCGCCGCUGCCGAAGGCUGCAGCUGCAGGAGCGGCAGCCCGAUCGGCGGCAAGGCAAGCCCGGCCAGUGUUGGGCAGCAAAGCCCAGCGAGCAGUCGGCACGGCCAACAAAGCCCGGCGAGCGGUCAGCACUCCCAAUCGCACCGGCGAGAAGUCACUGGCGGCGAGAACCCUCACAUCAGGAGGGGGAUCAAGGGGUCCGUGGAGUUCCCGAGGGCCGUCCGUGUGCGGCCGCGCGGCGAGGAGCGCGUGGAUCUGGUGUCCAACAUCGAGUGCCAACGGGCGCAGCUGCGCGUCCUCAUGCGGCACCGGAGUCCCGCCACCGCCGGCAUGCCGGGCCUCGUCGGCGCGGCGCCGGACAACCUCGUCGUGUAACAAUGUACUCCUACUCACUGCUUAGUUACUCUAAUCAUAUGUAACUUUCACCAGGAUAAUGAAAAAACAAGCAACUUGUGCGCUGCAGUCGUUUGCUUCAGAAGCUUUGAGGUGCUCUAGUCUCAUCUUGCUUAACGUUUCUCCAAUUGGCGGGGGCUUGGUUUUCCUUCGAGUGUUUGUGCCGCUGAAGCUGGUCUCAGUGGUGGAAUGGAGCUCGGAGUGGCCAUUUUGAUUCAGCGGCAUGACGCGUUGAGAUUUUGGGACACACUUGUUUGGUUGGCGUCCGUCCGUCUGAUGUCACCCGCAGGACUCCCAGUUCCUGCCAUCUUUCCUGGAGUCCAGUGCUCGAGUGGACUAGGGAUCAGUGUGAGGGUGCCUUGCUUAGUAGAGGGACAAAUCACUGAUUUAACCCUUUAGGGUAACUUUAGCACACAAAAAAACCUUUUUUUUAAAUAAAACGA